AUGAAGGGUAUGCAAUCGAUCAAUCAGUCAGGGGGGACCCCUCGGUACACCGGCCACAUCCGCAAGGCGGAGGACGAUGCGCCAGGCUGGUCCCCCGGCCCACGGCGCGGCAGCCCCGCUCAGCUGGCCUCCGAGCUGGAGCGCAUCGACGGCAAGGGGUACGGCGCCUAUCACGACAUCGCAGGCGGCUGGGACUUCCCCGGCUUCACCCUCUGGGUGGACCGGGUGCAGGGAGACCCCUACGCCAGCCCCAGCCGGUGCCGAGUGGUGGUGCCGGCUGGCACGGCCGGCCUCCCCUCCCACCUGCUCCGACCCCGCCCACGCCGCCUGGCCUGCGCCGACUUCCUGGCGCGGCGCUUCGGCGAGGCAGUGGCGGCCGCCGGCGGCGACGUGCGCGCCGCGGCGGUGGGCUGGGCGGGGGCCAAGGGCGGCGAGAUGGGCGUGGACGUACCCGGACAGUACGUGCUGGAGCGUACCGCCGUCCAGGUGGGCCACGAAGGCCACGUGGAAGCGCGCUUCACCGUGGCCCUGCCCGCCGCGGGGCGGUCCGUGCUGGGGCGCUGGGCGCGCAGCGUGCUGACCGAGGCGCUGCCGCGCUACGUCAACGCCGCGCUGCGCCAUGCCAGCCUGGACGCCGCCGCGCUGGCGGCGCACGCCGACGCGGCCGAGGACGCCGCGGCCGCGCGCGCCGCGCUGCCCGCGCUGGGCCUGGUGGCCUUCGUGGCCGACGGCGCGGUGCUGCCGCGCGCCGACGGCGCCAGCCAGGCGCCCAUGCCUGCGGCGUGGGCCGUACUUUCCCGCGCGCCGGAGUCGCAGGCGGUGGUGCUGACGCUGCCCCACGCUGGCCGGGUGCGGGGGCUGGGCAUCCGCCGCGGCGUCACCCUGAUCGUGGGCGGCGGCUUCCACGGGAAGUCCACGCUCCUCCAGGCGCUGGAGGGCGGGGUCUACGACAGGAUCCCCGGGGACGGGCGUGAGCUGGUGGUGACAGACCCGCGGGCGGUGAAAAUCCGGGCCGAGGACGGGCGGCGCGUCUGCGGCGUCGACAUCUCGCCCUUCAUCGGGCACCUGCCUCGGGGGCGAGGCACGCGCGCCUUCCUCAGCGCUGACGCCUCGGGAAGCACCUCCCAGGCAGCCAACAUCCAGGAGGCGGUGGAGGCCGGCGCGACUGCGCUGCUGAUCGACGAGGACACCUCGGCCACUAAUUUUAUGAUCCGCGAUGCGCGCAUGCGAGCGCUGGUGUCGCGUGGAAAGGAGCCCAUCACCCCAUUUGUGGAGCACGUGCGCCGGCUGGCGGCGUGCGGCGUGUCCACCGUCAUGGUCAUCGGCGGGUCGGGCGACUACUUUGGCGUCGCGGACACGGUGCUGUGCAUGGAGGAGUACGAGGUACGGGACGUCACCGAGCAGGCCAAGCGAAUAGCGACGGAGUUUGCUGCCGCGGAAGGCGGGGCGGGACGCGAGGAGGGCAGACCGCCGCGCGAUGCCGUGGAGCAGCUGGUGGAGAUCUCGCAGACCAGGGCGGUGGGGGAGAGUCUGCGAUGGGCUGCCAGGAUGCUGCCCCAGGGCCCGGCCCUGACCCUCCCUCAGAUGCUGGAUCGGCUGGAUGCUGAGAUGGACCAGGAGGGCCUGGACGCCAUCACCCACUCCGGCGAGCCGGCUGGAGACCUGGCGAGGCCCAGGAGGUUUGAGAUCGCGGCGGCCAUCAACAGGUGGCGAUCGGCUCACCUGGAGCAAUGCACUGGCUCAUAG